UGGCUUGCCCUAACAUUAUCAGCCGGGCGGAAUGGGGUGCCAGGCCCAGCAAGUCGAUCGAGUAUCUUUCCAGCCAACCAGUGGCCUACGCCUUUAUCCACCACUCGGCUGGCAAAGAGUGCUUUAACCAGACAGAUUGUGCAGCUGUGGUCAGAGGCUACCAGGAUUUUCAUAUGGACACCCGAGAAUGGGAUGAUAUUGGCUACAGUUAUGUUAUUGGAGGAGAUGGCACCGUGUUUGAAGGCCGGGGUUGGGACAGAGUCGGAGCGCACACUCUCUCUUACAACAGAGUUGGACUGGGGUUUUGCCUAGCUGGCAACUUCAUGACCCACCUCCCCACUGUCAUUCAAAUGGACACGGCCAAGAAACUGAUUGCAUGCGGAGUGUCCUUGGGGAAGAUCUCAAGUAACUACACCCUGAGAGGUCACAGGGAUAUGGUUCCCACAACCAGCUGCCCCGGGGACCUGUUCUAUAGUUUGAUCCAAACUUGGGAUCAUUACUGA